AUGUUGUGGGGCAAAGAGGAGCUGCAAGACCUUCGCGCCUUGGCGGGGCGAACAAUCGUCGCCUAUGUCCGACUUGCCUCCACAGUUAUCGUUGCUGUGGUUAUGAGACUUUGUCUCGACUGUGCCGGGCUCAUAAUUACGGGACAGGAUGCGGCACAGGCCGGCUUCUGGUUUGCACAUUGUCACAAGGACGGUGCAUGCGUUUUAACUGGCAUUCUGCUUUUCUUCGUGUCGUUGGCUGCUUGCUCGCUUUUCGGCUGGGCUUGCCAAGACUGGAUUGCGGAUCCCAAGAAGAAUCCACUGGCAAGGAAGUUUUCCUUCAACAUCGUCAUCGAAGCAGCUGCAUGGAUUCCAAUCUCCGUCUCUGUGGGGAAGACCAACGCGCUCGUUGAGUGGUUCAUGGGCAUCGCACAAGACAACCUUCUGCAGGCCCUGCUGUCUUCCUGCAUUGCAGCUCUGCUCACGCUCAGCUGCGCGCUGAUGACACACCUGGCCAUGAAGUACUGCCGGGGAGUUGCAAACAGGAAGGGCCAAGGUUUACGGGGAUUCCUUCGAUUUUUUCUUCUGGCAACAAUCACCUGCUUGGGGUGGGCUGUUGCCUGGAGUAAUUGGGCGCUAGUGCUUUCAGUUGUGGAUGCGCUUGAGCCAAGCCGUUCCGAUCAGCUUGUUGUCGCAGCUGUUAUCGCUGUCUGGUUAGUUCUCAGUGUGUGCUUCUAUCUGCGGUUUGGUCCUGAGCCGAUUAUUCCCGACCCGCAGCUCCAACAGCUUUGCUACAGUCACGGCUAUAGCAGCUCCGUCCAGCGAUCGUUCGUGUCCUACAUUGUGUACUCCUGCGUUGUUUGUCUUGUGAUGGCAUGCUGCGACCCGACCUAUGGUCUGCUGAUCGUGCUGGCAAGCCAUGUUUAUUCCUCGACGUCCUCGAUGUUCGAUGCACAGGCGUGGCUGGUGCUGUGCAGUCUCGCCAUUGUGGUGACACUUUUAGGUGCAUUGUGCUCAGCAGCAAUCACCUGGAUCUUCAAGGUCGAUGAGUUUUCCUCCAUGCGUCUGUCCCGAUCAGUCAACGAUGCCUGCAGCAAAAUGGUGACGCGCAGGCGUGUUGAAUUUGGGGAGAUGCUCUCCCGAGUCCAGAAGGCUGGCAGCGAUGCUUGCUUGGUCGAGGAGUCUGAACUAAGCAACCUGGAAGACAUCCCGCUGGAUGAGGAUGGCGAGGAGGAGGACUUCAAGGGAUCCAUUGCAACACCCCGCUGCAAGUACGCCUCCAUGCCCUCGGACGAGGAGGCCGUACUGGAGGUGGAAUCAGAGCGACAGCUGCAGCUGAACCCAGGGGCCAUCUCCAGUGCCAUCUGCGUGUCCGUGCUCAUCUAUGAUGUUCUUGGGUUUGUGGUGUGCUUCCAGUGGGGCAUGCUGGUUGUGCGGGGCUAUUCGGUCGCGUUUGGCAGCCUGGCCAUGAGGCAUUGGGCUCUCUACGCCGCAUCAUGCGUGGUUUAUGCGUCGGCUGUCACUGUCGCCACCACACGUCUGGUGAUGAUCUUCUUCGCUUCCCCCGAAGAGCAUGCGUGCAAGGAGGCUUAUGGUGAAGUCCAGGAUGACCGCGGAAACCAAGGCUGCAGGCUGUUCCGAAAGCUGGGGUUGCACCGCUGGUGGGCUUCGAUCGAUCGAGAAGUGUCCUGUCAGGAGCUAUGUCAGACGCUCACAGAGUCUGUUGACCAAGAUGAUGUGAGAUGA